AGCUGCUUGUCUAAUCAAAUUAUAAUUGUACUCUCGAUCAGAUCAGAUCUAAUACAAAUAACUACAUUCUCUGUUGUUGGCACACUUUGUAGACAAGACAACCAUAAAAAACAACAAAAAAACAAUGCCUUCACAAAAAAGAAGACAGAGACAGAGAGAGAAAGAGAGAAGGGAGGCUGCUAAAGGCAGUUCAACAUUGCAAACAUGGAUUCAAAGCUCCAGCAAGCCAGCAGAUGAGGCAGAGGCAGGCUCAGAGAGUGAGGGAGAGCCCAUUCAGCAUCAGCCAAAUCAGACACUUACAGAUGAAAAUGCCUCAGAAUCAAUUCAACGGAGUAAAAGUGAAGGUCUUGGAACUGAGCCAGAGACAGAAAAAGUUCAGAAUGAGAAAGAAAGGCAAUACAAUGAGACAGAGAGGGAGGAGACAGAUGCAGAACAGGAAGAAAUGGAGAGUGAGGCAGCCACAGCCAUGUAUACAAGGGAGAAAAAGCCAGAAGACUUUGAGUUUUUGCUUCAGUUACAAAAUCCAUCAGAUCCUGCUCAUGUAAAGAAAUACAAUGUAACAUACAGUGUUGCUGUAAAUGGAACAAGUAAAUAUAAAAAAGUAUCAGUAAUGUGUAAUUGUGAUGUUCUAUCAAAACUUCUACAAUAAAGUCUGAAAUGUA